AUGCUGUUCGCUCGUUAUUUAUCUUACCUUGCUCUGGGUAACUCAUUUCCUGGGCUGGCCACCAGCAGACUAUCGUGUUCUAAAGAAGUAUUCUCGGGGUAUUUGUCGUCAUCCAGUCACCCGAAUGCAAGAGUUCUGCAGGCCUACCAUAUAGCCGAGGGAGACACGUUUGAAGUUCCAGCCAGUGACAUCGCCUACCCACAGUCACCUACGAAUUUGCCAGAACUCUGUGUUGUUCAGAUCAAUGUUAGCUCAAAUCCAGAGUCAGCUUUUUCAUUCGGAAUUUUCUUGCCAGUGCAGUGGAAUGACAGAUUUUUGGCUGUUGGAAAUGGUGGCUUUGCCGGAGGAAUUAAUUGGGUGGACAUGGCUGUUGGCACUCGAUAUGGGUUCGCUUCUAUGUCCACAGAUACUGGACACAAUAGCACAAGUACGGACGGAAGCUGGGCGUAUUAUUCACCGGAAAAGGUGACUGACUGGGGCUACCGAGCAAUGCACGGAUCAGUUGUGCUCGCUAAAGAACUGAUCGAAGCAUUCUAUGGCCAGAAGCUGAAAUAUAACUAUUAUAGCGGAUGCUCCACUGGCGGUCGUCAAGGUCUGAGAUCAGUAGAGCUAUAUCCGGACGAUUUCGACGGCGUAAUUGCUGGUUCACCCGCAUGGUGGACUUCGCAUUUGCAGCCUUGGACAGUCAAAGCCGGAACAUACAACGCACUGCCACUCAGCCAGAUUCCUGAAAGUAUGUUCACGGUAAUUGGCGACGAAAUAAUCAAGCAGUGUGAUCCACAGGAUGGUCUUGUUGACCGUAUUGUAUCGGCACCGCAACAAUGUGCUCUCAACCUCGAAGCUUUGCUAUGCCGCAAAGAAUCCCAAACAGAUUGUCUUAGUCCGCAACAGCUCAACACUCUACGCCGUAUUUAUAGCGACUAUGUUGAUGUGAAUCAGACAUUCGUCUUUCCACAUCUUCUUCCCGGAAGUGAAUCUCAGUGGGAUGUCCUUAUCAACAAUGGAACUGCAAAUCCACUUGGAACCCAUUACGUGGAAUAUUUCUUGGGGUUAGGCAAGCAAUGGACACAAGAGCAGUUUGAUUAUAGCAUAGUCCAGCUGGCAGACCAGCUCGAUCCGGGCAACGCAACUGCUAAGGAUUUUGACAUCUCGCCUUUCCAAAAGAAGGGCGGCAAGCUGUUGAUGUAUCACGGCAUGUCUGAUGGAUUAAUUCCGACAGACAGCAGCUUAUACUACUACAACCAAAUUACUAAUGUCCUGAUGUCGAGGGGAAUCGAUUUGGAUGGUUUUUAUCGAUUUUUCUACGUUCCUGGAAUGCAGUAA